AUGUCCCUGAGCAGCAAGGCCCUUGUCAUCAUGUCUCUCACCAUGCGCAAGACCCUAGCCGCCGCGGCGCUCCAGCUGCCCCUCGUUCUCUCGCAGGCUACUCCUGAAGUUUCUGCUGGCAACACCUGUGUCGUGCAGCCCGAGCCCAACGGCACCGACUCGGCGCCGGCCAUCAUCGAGGCCUUUGAGAAGUGUGGCCACAAUGACGCUGCCAACAGAGGCAAGGUGGUGUUCCUGAACCAGACCUACACGGUCAAAACGGUCAUGAACACUACAGGUCUGAGCAACGUCGAUGUUGACCACCAGGGCACCCUCCUAUGGGACAAAAACGUGGAGUACUGGCUGAACAACUCACUCCCGGUGGGCUACCAGAACCAGAGCAGUGCCUGGCUCUUUGGUGGAGAGAGCAUCACCUGGGAUGGCCACGGCUAUGGAACUUUGGACGGCAAUGGACAGGUGUGGUAUGACUACAUCAACGGCACAAACAACUACCCUGGACGCCCACACUCUAUCACCUAUACCGGCACAAGAGACUCUGUUAUUGAGGGCCUUCGAUUCGUCCAGAGUCAAAUGUGGACAAUGACGAUCAUCCACUCCGAGAAUGUGCUCCUGGAAAACAUCUAUGUCAAUAGCACAGACUUGGAGCAUCCCGUCGGGUUCGACUUUUCCUCCCUGAACACCGACGGGGCCGACACCAUCUAUGCCAACAACAUUACCUUCCGCAACUGGGUUGUCGACAACGGCGAUGACAGCAUUGCCAUGAAGGCCAACAGCACCAACAUCCUCAUUGAGAACUGUGACUUCUACACUGGCCUGGGAAUCGCAAUCGGCAGCAUCGGGCAGUAUGACGGCGAGUUCGAAACCAUCGAGAACGUGACUAUCCGAAACGUCACAAUCAACAAGAACAUGCGAUACGGCGCCUACGUCAAGACAUGGACCGGCCAGUCCACAGGCUACCCGCCCAACGGCGGCGGCGGCGGACUGGGCUACGCGGCUAAUAUCACCUUUGAGGACUUCUACCUCAAGGACUCGGCGGGCAUCUUCGCCGUCACACACCAGUUCAACAUCCGCGACCUGCGCCUGCUCAACUGGACCGGCACCGCCGCCAGCGACGUCGUCAGCGACAUCCAGUGCAGCGCCGCGAGCCCCUGCACGGGCAUCGUGGUCGAGGGCAUCGACAUUGUCGACUCGGUCAAUGGCACGCGCCCCGCCAAUUACCUCUGUGAUAAUGUUGUUGACCCGACUGGAUUCAACUGCACUGGUCUGCCUUGGGAGGAAAACCCCAGGUGA